UGUGAUGCAGUAUCUGUUUCUCAGAGGACACAAGUUUAUAAAAUGGCUCUUAGAUGGCUUCUGCACUCAGCUUGCCAUCUUGUGGGGUACCCUACAAAGGAAGAGGAGUGCAAGGAGAAUGAAGGGUACCCUAAUGGAGAGAGGGUGAAGGGGUUGUGUCCUUGUUCAGGGUUUGAAAUGCCACUUCACUAUCCGCGCUACACCAGAGAGGAGUAUGAGAGCAUGGAGGAGUGGAAGGUGGAGUUGCUUCUGAAGCAAUAUGGAUUAAGUUUGAAGGGUAGUGUCGAGGAAAAGAGAGUUUUUGCAAUGGGAGCAUUCUUGUGGCCAUGAUCAUCAUCAAAUGUCAUUUUUUCUCUGGAAAAAUCUGUGGUAGAUGUUGGUGAUGUAAGUUUUCAAGUUUUGUGUACUUGACCGUGGUAUAUGAUGAUGAGGCACGUGAAUAUAUAAUAAAUUGAUAAUGCUGUGCUGUGGUAAUAUGUGUCGUUGUCCAUGUACACUUGUAUUUGUCGCUGUGUUAUGGUUCAUGAAUAUUUGAUGGCAUAUGCUCUUGUUUUUUGGUUGAGGUGGUUGAUGGUGAUACGUGUCGGUAAUGUGGCAGUUUUGUUUCCACGUAUAGUGCUGAAUAAUAACACUUGACAUUAAUGAAUUUUUUU